AUGGAGAAGGUGGUCUUCUCAGGAGUAGUUUUUCAGGUAUCCUGGAUAUGCUGUCUGGAGGGUAGCUGUCUGAAGGGUAAGUUUUUGCAGGAUAUAUCACUUGCGAGUCGAGAUCGAGGCAGAGCAGAGUCAGAUCGGUUGUCCACAGCGAAUACACACGGGGAGAUCCCCCAGAUGGGCUCCUGGGAGGAAACCAUGGUUGGUGGGAAAAGAAUGGCCCUACAAAUGACGUCAAUGACCUUGAGGCAGUUGGGAGUAAUGGUAAAAGGCGAGCCGACUUGGAAGAUGAGCUGUUGUUUCUGGCUGCUGAACAUUCCUGAUGCUGGGCUGUGGGAGGCGCGCGAGAGCGAGUUCGGGGUCCUGCUUGCUGCACAGGAGGAUAUCGAGCUGAGUCUUGAUCUGGACACCGGUCUUGGGGCCUGA